GGGGCCGCUCGGCGUGCACCUGAGCCGACGCCCCUGGUGCGUGAAGCUGCGCCUCCACGGUCGCCUUUGCCCGCCGCCAUGAACCGCUUCAAGGUGUCUAAGUUCCGGCACACAGAGGCCCGGCCGUCCCGCCGCGAGGCCUGGAUCUGUAACAUUCAAGCAGGGAGCACCCCCUCCAGUGGGAACAGUAUCAAAUCCAGCUGCAGCUUGAUUGCCUUCAACGUUGACCGUCCAGGUGUGCUGGGCAUCGUGCCUUUGGAGGGCCAAGAAGCAGACAAGAAACACGUGGCCCAUCUGGGCUGUCAUUCAGACCUGAUCACGGACCUGGACUUCUCACCGUUUGAUGACUUUCUUCUGGCCACAGGCUCUGCCGACAGGACGGUGAAGCUCUGGCGCCUGCCAGGUCCUGGCCAGGCCUUGCCCUCGGGGCCCGGGGUGGUGCUGGGUCCUGAGGAGCACCAGGUGGAAGCCCUGCAGUUCCACCCCACAGCUGACGGCAUCCUGGUGAGCGCAGCGGGAACAGCCGUGAAGGUCUGGGACGCCACCUCGCAGCAGCCCCUGACAGAGCUGAUGGCCCACGGGGACCUGGUGCAGAGCGCAGUUUGGAGCAGGGAUGGUGCCCUCCUGGGCACAGCAUGCAAGGACAAGCAGCUGCGUAUCUUUGACCCCAGAACCAAGCCCCAGGCCUCUCAGAGCACACAGGCCCAUGAUAGCAGCAGGGACGGCCGACUGGCAUGGACAGCUACCCAGGAGCACCUGGUGUCUACUGGAUUCAACCAGGUCGUGGAGGUUGCGCAGGCGGCCAAAGAGCCCCUCAUCCAGCUGCUGCAGCCCCAGGCCAGCCAGUCGCAGGGCUUCCACGUUGGCAGCAUCCAGCGAUCCGGGCCCCAGGGCUGGGAGGCUGUUGUGGCUGAGAUCCAGCAGCAGCAGGUAGAGGCGCUCGAGGUGCCGCAGACCACGGAAGGUUUCGUUGGUAAUCUCUCGGAGCCUGUUGGAUGUCAGGUCCAGGUUGCUGAGAUUGACAAGUGGCUGGAAGACGCCACCUGGCAGGCUGGCGAUCUGGUUCUCCACCCGGCCCCGCAGACACUCACCAGGCAGUGGCAGCGGGGGGAGCCCGGCGGAGUGGCCGUGGCCUCAGUUCUUCCCGACCAGCCGGUCCGGAGGUGUCCGGACUCCCGAGGUAGCAGCGUUCGCGUCUCCUCGCCCCGGGCUCGGGCUCCGGAGUCGGCCCGCUGGAGGUGGCACUGGCCUGGAAACCGGGCUGAGGUCUCAGUGGAGCAUGGGGAAAGAACUUGGCUUGAGCUCUCCUGUACCCAAGCCCUGUACAUGUCCUGCCAUGUGGUUUUGGGCUCACAUAUGGGCAGCACGGGGAGAGGAGGAAGGGUGCCAAGUGUCUCACUAUUACUGUGGCUACUGCUGAAGCUCCAAUCCAGGAUCCUGAGGUCCCCAGGCCUCACCUGCCAUUCCUCUCCCUCCAGGUCUCUGAUACCUCUGUUGGACCCAGACUCGGGGCUGCUUAUACUGGCAGGAAAGGGCGAGAGUCAGCUGUACUGCUACGAGGUGACCCUGCAACAGCCAGCCCUGAGCCCAGUGACUCAGUGUGUCUUGGAGGGCAUUCUGCAAGGGGCAGUUCUUGUUCCCCGACGGGCACUGACUGUCAUGAACUGCGAGGUGCUGCGUGUCCUACAGCUGAGCGACACUGCCAUCAUCCCCAUCAGUUACCAUGUGCCCCGCAAGGCUGUGGAGUUCCAUGAAGACCUGUUCCCGGACACUGCUGGCUGCAUGCCCGCCUCUGACUCCCGUGCCUGGUGGGCUGGGAGCAACCAGCAGGUGCAGAAAGUUAGUCUCAACCCAGCCCACCGACCCCAUCCCAACUUCACCUCUUGCCUGGUGCCCCCUGUGGAGCCUCCCCCUGGCAUGGCCCAGCCUGCAGAGAUGCCCGUGGAUGAUACCAGCCCAAGUGAGGGCUUCUCCUCCCCACCCAGCUCCCUUACCUCACCCUCCACGCCCUCAAGCCUGGGGCCCUCGCUCUCCAGCACCAGCGGCAUUGGGACCAGCCCCAGCCAGAGGUCGUUACAGAGCCUGUUGGGCCCCAGCUCCAAAUUUCGCCACGCUCAGGGCACCAUUCUGCACCGAGACAGCCACAUCACCAACCUCAAGGGGCUCAACCUCACCACACCUGGCGAGAGUGAUGGCUUCUGUGCCAACCAGCUGCGUGUGGCCGUACCUCUGCUUAGCAGCGGAGGGCAGGUGGCCGUGCUGGAGCUGCGGAAGCCUGGUCGCCUGCCUGACACAGCACUGCCCACGCUGCAGAACGGGGCAGCCGUAAUGGAUCUAGUCUGGGACCCCUUUGAUCCCCACCGCCUGGCUGUGGCUGGUGAGGAUGCCAGGAUCCGACUGUGGCGGGUACCCCCGGAGGGCCUGGAAGAGGUGCUCACCACGCCUGACGCCGUGCUCACAGGCCACACAGAGAAGAUCUACUCCCUGCGUUUCCACCCUCGGGCAGCUGACGUGCUGGCUUCCUCUUCCUAUGACCUCACGGUUCGCAUCUGGGACCUUCGAGCAAGAGCUGAGCGGAUGAGGCUGCAGGGCCACCAGGACCAGAUCUUCAGCCUGGCCUGGAGUCCUGAUGGACAGCAGCUGGCCACCGUGUGCAAGGAUGGGCGUGUGCGUGUCUAUGAACCCCUGCGUGGGCCUGAGCCCCUACAGGAAGGGCCAGGGCCUGAGGGGGCCCGAGGAGCUCGGAUUGUCUGGGUGUGUGAUGGUCGCUGUCUGCUGGUGUCUGGCUUUGACAGUCGCAGUGAACGCCAGCUGCUCCUGUAUGCAGCUGGAGCUCUGAUGGGCGGGCCCAUGGCAGUGCUUGGCCUAGACGUGGCUCCUUCAACGCUGUUGCCCAGUUAUGACCCGGACACUGGCCUGGUGCUUCUCACAGGCAAGGGUGAUACCCGCGUGUUCCUGUAUGAGCUGCUCCCUGAGGCCCCUUUCUUCCUGGAAUGUAAUAGCUUCACAUCGCCUGACCCCCACAAGGGCUUCGUCCUCUUGCCCAAGACAGAGUGUGAUGUGCGGGAAGUGGAAUUUGCUCGAUGCCUGCGACUGCGUCAAACCUCCCUAGAGCCAGUGGCUUUCCGGCUGCCCCGAGUCCGGAAAGAGUUCUUCCAGGAUGACGUGUUCCCAGCCACAGCAGUGACCUGGGAGCCUGUGCUCAGUGCCGAGGCCUGGCUGGCAGGUGCUAAUGCGAAGCCCCGCCUGCUCAGCCUGCAGCCCCCCGGCAUGACCCCAGUGAGCCAAGCCCCCCGUGAGGCGUCUGCUCGGCGGGCCCCAUCCUCAGCGCAGUACUUGGAAGAGAAGUCAGACCAGCAAAAAAAGGAAGAGCUGCUGUGUGCCAUGGUGGCCAAGCUAGGCAACCGGGAGGACCCGCUGCCACAGGACUCCUUCGAAGGAGUGGAUGAGGAUGAGUGGGACUAGCCUGCCCACCAGUCACUGCUGGCCUCACCUGCCACUACCAUGUCCUAGAACCACCUGGUGCCCUGGCACCUCUCACAGCUUCCUCUCCAUCUGGAAGAUGCCUCCCCUGCCCGGCACGUCCUGGCCCAUGGCCUCUGGGCCCUGCAAUCCAGUGGACUGCCUUCACCUCUGCUUUCUCUGUGCCUGGCUGCCUGUUCUCAGAUGCCUGCUAGCAUGUGGAGCAAAGGGUAUGGGGGGUGGGCAGGGGGUGAACAGAAUGGGCCUGGGCAGGCCCAGGGCUCCUCGUCUGCCCUGCCCUCCUCGUCUGCUUGGGCAGACCCAAGCUGGUACCUUCAGCUACCACCUGCCAUCCCAUCUUGCCUGUUGUCCCAGUUCAUCAUGGACCUGGGGGGCUGGCUCCCCCACCAAGUGAUUUGGAACAGCACCUGCCUCAGGGGCCUGGGACCAGUUGCCCAGGCUCAAAGCCAGAAGGGAGCAUCUCAGAGCUGCUGGUCCAACUUGGAGGGUAGGUACCCCACAGGGACCGGCCCAUAGCUGCCCUGGAUAUUUUCAACAAUUAAACCUUUGUACGCUGGC